AUGUUUUUGCUUCCAACUAUUGGUUAUUCAAUUAAUUAUAAAAUCUUAGAUUGUUUUCAAAGGAAUAGUAGUUUUAUUAAUUUUAAUUCAUUUAUUUUUCAUAUUUAUCUAUAUGAUUUAUUAUUUCAUUUUAUUUGUAAGAAUUUUAUUACUAUAAACAUUGUUAUUAGAUUUAUUUGUUUUAUUAGAUGUUAUCCAAAUAAAAUGUUUAAUCAGUAUAACCAUAAUUAUAAUUCGGAUUAGACCUUUAAUAUUAUUAUUAUAAAUAAUAUUAUUAGUAAUAUUAUUACAAGCUCAUAUUACUUUAAUACUAAUAAAGGGUAUUUAUUUUUUAAUAGUUAUAGUUAUUAAAUUAAUCUUAAUUAAAAGGAAAAUAGUUCAUUUAUUUGA